AACUCGUGUUGUUUCUCCUGUAAUCGAUGUUAUUGACUGGAAGACAUUUCAGUAUUAUCACUCUGUUGAUCCUCAGCGAGGAGUUUUCAACUGGAAGCUGGACUUUCAUUGGGAACCAAUACCAGAAUAUGAGCAGAAAUGGCGGACAUCUCCCACGAUACCUGUACAGAGUCCAGCUGUAUCUGGAGGAGUGCUAGCAAUGAAUCGGCAUUAUUUCCAAAAUAUUGGUGCGUAUGAUCCUGCAAUGCUGAUGUGGGGAACAGAAAAUGUGGAACUGUCUCUCCGGGUCUGGCUCUGUGGUGGUUCAGUAGAAGUUCUGCCCUGCUCCAGAGUUGGUCAUGUGUACAGGAAACAUGUCCCAUAUUCUCCGCCAGAUGAAGAGAUUGUGGAGAAAAACAAAAUCCGUGUAGCAGAGGUUUGGAUGGAUUCUUUUAAAGAGAUUUUCUACAAGCAAGACAUGCCUGCAUAUCUGCUCAGUAAGAUUGCAGUUCCUGACUGUACAGAGCGACUGCAACUGCGAAAGAGGCUAAGCUGUAAGCAUUUUCAUUGGUUUUUGACGAACAUAUACCCAGAGCUCUACCUGCCUGAGGACAAAUCUGGAUAUUUUGGAGCAGCAAGACAAAGGUUUUUGCUGUACAAUAUAGGCACAGGCUAUUGUGCAAGUUAUGAGACCAAAUGGAGCACAGGUGGAUAUCCUGUAGGACUUACUCAAUGCAGUGGCCAUGGGAAUCAG